GAGUGAUCCUCAAGGCAGUGACUGUCACUCGCUCAGUCGUAUCUGCGAUCGCGACUCGUGCGCAUGUAAUCGAUUAUUCCGACGAAAUGUCGAAUCGAUAAAACAAUCGAUAACCAUUGAUACGAUCGUUUAAUUGUACCAGUGAAAUAGAGUAAUAUUAGUUUUUAUUUAUUAAUUUAUUUGAGAUUUUAUCGAUAUAUCGAGUUGUCUGGACGAGUUGUGAUUUGUAAGCUGUGAAGUGAAUGGUGUCCUUACAUAAGAUGCGAGAACUUCUGAUCUUGUUGGCGGCCGCGGCCGGGCUGGCCAGAGCAGACCUUCCGCAGACCUGCACCAAACCUGUCUACUGCAACAGCAACCUGCUCCAUCAAAUCCAAAUGGCGAGGCUCUACAACGACUCCAAAACCUUCGUAGAUCUUCAAAUGAACUUCGAUGAAAACAAAACUUUGACCGACUUCGAAACCUUUUUCAACCUUCAUAACAAAAACCCGACUAAGGAACAGUUGAUGGAAUUCGUCAAUCAAUACUUUUCCAACGACAACGAACUGGAGCCUUGGCAGCCAAAAGACUUCAGUGACAAUCCAGCAUUUCUUGCUAAAAUAAAGGACGAUGCGUUGAGAGAGUUUGGAGAAGGCAUCAAUAACAUUUGGCCACUUUUGGCACGGAAAGUUAAAGCAGAGGUGUUCCAGAAGCCCGACCAGUUUAGUUUAGUACCCCUGACUCAUGGAUUCAUAAUACCCGGUGGACGAUUCAAGGAAAUCUAUUACUGGGACACUUUCUGGAUCAUUGAAGGUCUUUUGAUAAGUGGAAUGCAAGAAACCGCUAAAGGAAUGAUUGAAAAUCUCAUUGAAUUAUUGAAUUUGUUCGGCCACAUCCCUAAUGGUAGCAGAUGGUAUUACCAGCAACGUAGUCAACCUCCUAUGUUAAAUGCCAUGGUGGCUACUUACUACAUGUAUACCAAAGAUCUUGAAUUCCUCAGAAAUAACAUCGCAUACUUAGAAAAAGAAUUGGACUUCUGGAUGGAUAAUAGAGUGGUAUCAGUUAACAGAGGAGGUAAAAAUUAUACGCUUCUUAGAUACUAUGCCCCAAGCAAAGGCCCUAGACCCGAAUCGUAUUAUGAGGACUACAUCAACACUGAAGGUUUUUCGGAAGAAGACAGUACCAAUUUCUACAUCGAUAUCAAAAGUGCUGCUGAGAGCGGCUGGGACUUCUCAACGCGUUGGUUCCUUAUGCCAGACGGUAGUAACAAUGGCACUUUAACUGAUUUGCACACGCGGUACAUCAUACCCGUUGAUUUAAAUGCCAUCUUUGCUGGAGCCGCCCAGUACCUAUCAAACUUCCACGCCCUCUUAAAGAACCCGCAAAAAGCUGCCAGGUACGGACAGCUAGCACAAACCUGGAGAGACAACAUUCAGGCAGUGCUGUGGAACGAUCAAGAUGCGAUGUGGUACGACUUCAAUAUUAGGGACAACUUACAUCGCAGAUACUACUACUCGUCCAACGCUGCGCCGCUAUGGCAGAAUGCCGUUAACCCAGAUUUUCUGAAACUCAAUGCUGACAGGAUUUUGAAAGCUAUCACUGAAUCCGGAGGCGUAGACUUCCCCGGAGGUGUACCCACGUCACUCAUCAGGAGUGGAGAGCAGUGGGACUUCCCCAAUGUGUGGCCACCAGAGGUCAGCAUCGAAGUCGCUGCUAUUGAGAAUAUCGGGACCCCUGAGGCUAUUACUUUGGCGCAGGAAGUUGCCCAAACUUUCGUGAGGUCCUGUCACUGGGGCUUCCAGAAGUACAAGCAGAUGUUUGAGAAGUAUGAUGCCGAGACGCCCGGCAGAUUCGGCGGUGGCGGUGAAUAUAAUGUGCAGUUCGGCUUUGGUUGGAGUAACGGCGUCGUACUGGAAUUUCUAAAUAAAUACGGGUCUCAGCUGACAGCUGACGACUCCAACAAUACGAAUAAUAGUGCAUGUGUAGUCAUGUUCAAGAUGUAUUCGCUGCGGUAUGUGCCGCUGUACCCGGUGCUCGGCCUGCUGGGUGCGUGCGCGCAGGCGAUCAAUAUCGUCUCCGUCUGCAAUUCUUCCAUUUAUUGCGGCGGGGAUCUCCUCCGGACUGUGCAGCUCGCUAGAAUAUUUCCCGACUCGAAGACUUUCGUCGAUCUGAGACUUGCAAACAGCGAAAUUGAAACUUUGGCCAAUUUUACAUAUUUUAUGAAGAAAACAGACAAUAAACCGUCUCGAGAACAAAUUAGGUCAUUUGUAGAUGCUAAUUUUAUCGAUGGAGAUGAGCUUUUUAGCUGGAACCCGCCUGAUUUUGACCCUAACCCACCAGUUCUUAAUGAGAUUGCUGAUCCGAAACUGAGACAAUUCGCGAAGGAUAUCAUCAGUAUAUGGCCAGGACUCGGCAGGAAAGUGUCGCCAGAUGUUCAUCGUAACUCUGAACAAUACAGUUUUAUCUACGUGCCUAACGGAUUCAUUGUUCCUGGCGGGAGGUUCAAAGAGUUAUAUUACUGGGACUCGUACUGGAUCAUACGUGGCCUUCUGAUUAGUAAUAUGACGCAGACUGCAAAGGGAAUGAUUGAAAACUUCAUUUAUUUAGUUGAUAAACUAGGAUAUAUUCCGAACGGCAGUAGAAUUUAUUAUUUGGGACGAAGUCAACCGCCUCUGCUUACCCUGAUGGUGUAUGACUAUUUCAAGGCUACAGGUGAUGUCGCAUGGCUCAAGCAGAACAUAGCCACUGUAGAAAGGGAGCUAUAUUUUUGGUUGGAGAAGAAGAAAUUAACAGUUGACGUAAAGGGCAAACAAUAUAGAUUAUUACGCUACAUGUCCGAUGAAGACGACACUGGUCCACGUCCCGAGUCAUAUUACGAAGAUUAUGCAAGCAGCCGAGUACUAUCUGAAGAUAGGCGUGAGGAUUUUUAUAGGGAGAUGAGGAGCGCGGCGGAAAGUGGCUGGGACUUCUCGUCAAGGUGGUUUGUCAACGCAGAAAAUGUGACUACUGAUAACUUGACCGACGUUCACGCGUCGCGUAUCCUACCGGUUGAUCUGAACUCUAUGUUUGCUGGAGCCUUACAAAUGGUAGGUGACCUUAGAAAUGAGCUGAAUGAUAGACGAGAUGCACUGAAGUGGUGGAGUUUAGCGAAGUACUGGCGGGUUGCAAUCGAUAAUGUUUUAUGGGACCCAAAAGAUGGUGCAUGGUAUGACUACGACACUAAAGCAAAAUCCCGAAAGAGACACUUCUACCCCAGCUGUGCGACACCGCUCUGGGCAGAUGCUGUGGAGCCUACAACUGCUCCCGUUUAUGCUUCGCGAUUGGUGCGAUAUUUAAUUAAAACCAGCGCGUUAAACUUCCCCGGCGGCAUACCCACUUCGCUGUUGAAUACAGGUGAACAGUGGGACUUUCCGAAUACCUGGCCUCCACUCCAGAGCAUUAUGAUCGGUGGCCUGGAGAGAAGCGGUUACGAAGAAGCGAGAAAGUUGGCAAGGGAACAAGUUAAAAUUUGGAUUCGUGCGAAUUACAUCGGCUAUACCAAGUAUCAGAAAAUGUUUGAGAAGUACAACUGUGUACAGCCAGGAGAGAAUGGAAGUGGUGGGGAGUAUAUAGUUCAGUCUGGCUUCGGAUGGACCAACGGAAUUGUUUUGGAACUUUUACAGAGAUAUGGAAAGGAGUUGGUGCUCGAUGAAAAUGGUGAAGACGACUAUCCUACCGUACGAAUGGUGUAGUAGAGAUAUGCUAUUUAGACCUGUUUGAUUAUGAACUAUAAGAAAAAUAAAAGUGUCUCGUGAUCAAUGACUUGUGUAGUAUUAAGUUUAAUAAUUUCUGAUAAAUCAAGAUAUCGUGUUACUUCUAAGAAUUGAAAUAGCCUGUAGCUUUCCGUGUUUUUAUGUAGGUACCUACUCGUAACGAAAUACUAGCCAGACGUGACAAUGUGACGGAGUUGAAUGAAAACUUGUUUGUGAAAUGGGAAACUUAUUUCUCACGUACUUUCUAUUUAAUUAAUGAUUGUUCUCAUCUAAGCAUCAUUUGAUUGGAGUCUGCACUAUCCUAUCCAUAUGGUUGAUUAUAUACUUGAAAUAACGAAUUAUGUUUAGCUACCUAGCUACCCAAAUUCAUAGUUUUCUUUUUUAUAAUUGUACAAACGUGAGUAGAGCUACAAUGUUUAUUAAAUUCUUGUUUCAUAAUAUAUUUUUUCUCAACUAAAAUAAGGUUGAAUAUGUACAAGGAAGUUCAAUGGUUAUUAUUAGUUAUUACGGAAAAUGUACUUAGUGCCUUUACCUAAGAAAUAUCGGAAUUACUGUUUAACUAUAAACAAAAGUGUACAUAAUUUAAAUGAAGUUGAUUAAAUUAUGUUUUGUAUUAAAA